GGUAUUCGGCGGCUUUGGGACUGCGAUUCUCAGAUUCUACUUUGCACCUAUGGAUCGAACGUUGCCCUCUUUUUCUUUAAUUUCUCUUCUUCUUCCCAUUAUCCAUAGUCCAGUCGUGCGGAUCCGGACUUUACUCCGUUCUUCUCCCUCGAUUCUCCUCCAAAGACCGUCUCUCCCAAUCAUAUUCUACAUCACGAAGCAUCCAGACAUGGGAAACGACUGUUCACGUGAGCAAAGUUCGUCUAUUCUCUUCUUCUUCGCCAAACCCGACACCCCUGGUUAGUGGGCGUCGUGGUCAAACUCAAUAGCAACGACCCUCGUCUUAGAGGAGAGGUGAGCUGGGCCCCCUUUUCCUUUUCCUUUUCUUUUCCAUUGUUUUUUCCUCUCUCCCUUUCUUCCCCUAUUUUUUUUCUUUUUUUUU